CUACACAGAAAGCCUGCUCCUGCCAUUCGUCGCUUGCGCAUAGAGAGUCCGGCAGAGAUGGAGGAGCGGUUUGCCCCCGUAACCGCGGCGACCGGGGCGUUGGGGCCGGUCCUGGUGAAGCUCGCUGCUUUGCUGGGUGAUGAGUACAAACUAAACAAGAAGACCCGGCGAGACAUCAUGUUCAUCAAAUCCGAGCUCGAGCCAGUUCACCAUGUCCUGUGGAAGUUAUGGGGGAGCUUGGAUCUUGAUGCGGCAUGCAAGAACUGGAUGACAGAGGCCCGAGAGCUGUCCUACGACAUGGAGGACGACAUCGACGACUUCACUCUCGGUUUGGAGCGUGGUGACGGCAGCUUCAUCCAGCGGGAAGCCACAGACAGCCCUUUCAAGGAAUUCAUGGAAAGAGUCAAAGAUGUAUCGAAGAAGUGCGGCAAGAUGCAGAAGAUUGGCGACGCCAUCUGCAACCGUAGCAAGCUGACCACCGACCCUCGAGCUCUCUUCCUCCACAAGGAUGCAUCGGAGCUCGUGGGCAUGGAAGAAAAGAAGGAGGAGGUCAUCCAAUUGCUUCAGGAGCACGAAAUGGUAUGCAUUCUUGGAUUUGCAGGGAUGGGCAAAACAACUCUUGCGGACCUGGUGUAUCAGACAAUAGGAGAUGGAUUCCAAUGCCGGGCUUUCGUGUCCGUGCACCCAAGUCCUAACAUGACGGAGAUUCUGGGUACCAUCCUCAGCCAAGUAACAGAUGGUGCAAUGUCUGCUGGCAGUGGCACCGAACCUGCAGCCCAACAAAAUAUCGUCACCGACAUAUCAAUUUCUCUCUCUGACAAGAGUGGCACUGAACUUGCAGCCGUGCAAAAUGAUUUUAUCAAAGGCAUAUCAAAUUUCCUCUCUGACAAGAGGUACCUGGUCAUAAUUGAUGACAUUUGGCACUGGGAAGAAUGGGAAGUCAUCCGUAAGGCUCUUCCCAAGAAUAAUCUGGGCUGUAAAUUGAUCAUGACGACCCGGGUCUGGAGUAUAGCUGAGAAAUGUGAAACUGAACAAGGUGCACGUGUGUACGAACAGGAGUUUGGUCGUGCGGAAGCUGAAAGACUAUCAGCUAUGAUACUGAUGAGCAAAUCUGUCGAGGGCACCAACGCGAAGGAGCUGUCCACCAAGAUUGCGUAUAGAUUAGAUUUAUGUCCGCUAGCAGUAAUCUGUUUCUCGUCAGCAUGGGCAGAGAGCCACCACCAUGUGCAAGUUGAUGAUGCGGAAUGGGAUACAUGGGCGAGGCACAUUCUGGAUGAUGGGUUUCUGAGUACUCCAGCCUUGAAACCACUGGUCCAGAGUCUAUGCCUUGGUUUCGACGAUCUUCCCGUUCAGCUGAAGACUUGCUUGCUAUACUCUACCAUAUAUCUUAAGGAGUAUAAGUUUUAUAAGGAAUGGUUGGUGAGAAAAUGGAUUGCUGAAGGAUUUGUUUCGCAAGUUGAAGUAGCAGAAGCUUACUUUGACAAGCUUGUCUACAGGAAUCUGUUGUGGCAGGGGGAGGAGACGUCGCACGUAGUUAACGGCGCUAUAAAAGACUUCCUCGUGUGCAAAGCAAAGGAAGAUAAUUUUAUUAGUUCUUAUGACGGUGGGCCCGGUAACACCUCGCAUGCCAAACAGAUCCGUCGUCUUUCUCUCAGCUCGCCAACUUAUUACGGUUGGCGCGGUAACACCGCGCCUGCAUGUCCAGAUGAGGAUGUGCUGUCUCAUACUCGCACCCUUUCUGUUUCUAAUAUGCAUUCCCUGCAUAGUGUCCCCUUCAAGGCGUUCAAAAAGCUGCGAGUGCUACAAAUAAAUAAAAGCUGUAAUCUAGAGGAUGAUCAUCUGGUGGAUAUAUGUGGGCUGAUCUGGCUCAAGUAUCUGAGUUUAAGAGGGACAGGGGUGAGAGAGUUGCCUAAGGAAAUCAGAAAACUGCAGCAUUUGAGGACUCUGGACAUAAGAGAUUGCAAGGUCAGAGAGCUACCCUGGGAAGUUGAAAACUCCAUAAAUGUGCAUUUUGGAGACCCGCGUUCUCCUAAAAUAUUGAAGUUGGGAGAAGAGGCUGUCAGCUCAGACUGGGUUAUCUCCUCUUCUGGAGCAAAUUGCAGGGGGGCCCUAUCCAUCGUGUUAGCGGAUCCUUUUAACUGGAGGUAUGAACCUCUACAAGUUCCGCUGCUUAGAAUUGACCGGAGACACGUGAAAGUACCGCAGUGGGUCAAGCAAGACUUGUGCAAUGUCUGCUCCUUAGAUAUCAGGCUCUGCAUACUUGUGCACGAAGACCUCGAGUUUCUGAAGACGCAGAUGCCCAACCUGCAGGCUCUCCAACUAAGGUUCGAAGUCCUCCCACGGAAGCCGGUUAUCAUCACUGCUGGAGGGUUUCCAAAGCUAGAGACGUUCUACGUCGAUUGCCGUCUGCCACAGGUGAUCACCUUCGGGGAAGGAGCGAUGCCGAAUCUGAAACAUCUUCAGUUCAAGUUCUACACCGGUACAGCAAGUCGAGACUACUACAUGGGCAUCAAGCAUCUGGUCAGUCUUGAGGUCGUGUUCCUAUGCUCCUGGUACUAUACAAGUGACGGUCCGGGCAUCCGUGAGACAAUUGAUGUACUGAGAAAAGAAGCCGUGGAGCACCCCAAGGAGAUCACCCUUUGGGUCAAUGACAUGGAUCCUGAGGUUUUCGGCAGAGAUGCACUGAGAGGGAUAAGCCUUGCCAUUGCGGAAAAAAGAGAGAAACUAUCGAGGGCAGCAGAGAGAAGGUCGUUCUUGCGGGAAAGGAGAGGUGUACCGUUUGUGAAUUAGAGAUCGAUGCGCCGUUUGUGCGGGACAACGCAAUUUAUGUAAUAAUAAUUUCUGCAACUUUGGAUUCAACUUAAUAAUAAUAUGUUGUAUGCAUAUGUUGGUUUGCUGGACCUAAACAAAAAGUUACGUAUUCUUUGAACUUGGGGUCUUCCUUCUCUAUGUACGCACAUUUGUUCGUCAUUCUAAUUAUUUUUUU